AUGCGCAUGAGUCGGGGUAGUCGGAUCACUUGCUGCAUGAUAGCUUUGUAUGCACUACAGAAGGCGAGGCAUUCUGUGGCAUACUCUGGAGGCAGGAAGUAUAGUCACUCUGUGGUGUCGAAGGCGGAGUCGGCUCCGUUUAGAAUGGCUUCGGAAGUGAAGAAUCAAACAACGAUCGACUUAAAUCAUCCUCAUCGGCAUGCGGUCCCCUCGCCACAAGCAAAUCUGUCAAUCCGCGACUAUAAGAUACCCAGCGAUUAUUCGUCGGCAUGUAUAGCAACAACAAUAGCACCCUCUCCGAGUUUCGAAUUCUCCUUUACGAAUUUCGGCACUUUCCUAUUACGAUACUAA